AUGACAUUUAAAACGCCCGAUGGACUCGACAAAAGCAGAUUUCUUAAGUAUCUGCUUCAAUACGGAGUAACCAUCAUCGUGGUGUUCAUUUUUGGUGCCAUUAUUCUUCAUUUUUCAUUUAAUUGGCGGCCAAUUUUAAAUGCCAGAUACAAAAUUUCAUACUUAAUCAAACGUGAGCCAUUCAGUGAAGCAUCACUAAUAUGUGAGCUCUGCUGGUGGAUAGUGUAUUUCGCUCCUUACGUACUAUGCAUCAUAUUAGGAUUGUUUAUCUGCGUAAAUUUAACACCAAAAGUAAUAGGCGUCGAUAUCUUACUAAUUCCUCUCGUUACAAUGAUGUUUAUCUUCACAAUGAUGAAUUAUUCCAAAAAUGGUCAUAAAUUAACAUUUUUAGCAAAAUUAUCGUCAGGAAUAGCAAUGUUAGUAUAUUUCGUUCUUACUGUUAUACACCCAUUCAUUAUUCCUCAAAAAUCAUGGAAAUCUGAAGCACUCACAAAUAUUUGGCCAUCAUUAUGGAUUUAUGUGUUGUCAAUGUGCAUAGCUCGACUUAAAAUGAAUACAGAAGAAGUUUCUAAGACAAUAGAAUCCGAAAAAUUUGAAGUAAGAAUGCUACAGAGACUAGGAAAGGGCCAGAUUGACCAAUACACGACAAUUACAGAUCCAUUCUACUUAGUGAUAAGAUUAGGUGGUACAGGCAUUGCAGCACUUUUAACUUUCGCAUUGAAUAUCAAAUUUAUCAUGAAAUAUAAGCAAGAUGAUGACUAUCAACAUGCGACAAUAUCUACAGCAAUUCUAUUUAUAUUUUUCGAUGUUUUAGUUCUAGUUACUCAAAACAUUGCUUUUUCAUUAGAAAAUCAGAUACCAAUGAUAUCAUUUAUCCUUAUUUUGAAGAUAAUUACAGUAUUCAUGGCUUCAAAGUAUUGGAUUCUCAAUCAAUGUAUCGUUUUUAUAACGCUUGGAGUUUACUUUUUCACCAAAAACUUCCAAUCGAUAUUUGAUAGGAUUCACGGUAUCGCUCCCAUCGUAGAAAACGAAUACGCGAUCGACCAAUCAGUUCUCCAUGCAAUUCACCAUGUUUUUGAAGGUCAUCAUAUGUAUAAGACGUUUAUCAAGAUAAUUUACCUAUUAUUCAAUAUCGCAACGUUAAUAGCUCUUAUAUCUGAGAUCUAUGUAUACGAAGUCAAGGAUGAAAAACCUUUGGGAACUUACAAAGAAUAUGAAUUAACCCAAUAUUGGGUAAUUGUCUCUGUAAUCAUCCUAACAAUAUUUACAUCGCUUGUAUUAGCAAUGUGGCUUACAGAUUAUCAAUAUGGAAUGCCAACUUUCAUAUUUAAUAUUUUUCCAAUCUUUUUGUUCUUUUUAAUUGCAGUAAUUAUGUUAUCUUUCAUGUUGGGAUUACAUAUGGAUGCUUAUGACCUUAGAGUUUAUGUUUCUGUCGCUUGGAGUUUCUUGAUGAUCCAAAUUUUACUCAAAAGAACGUUCAAACUUCAAUAUAUUGAAUAUAUCUUUACUGAUUUUUCAGCAGCAUUCGGUCCUUACUGGGUUUAUACGCUUUAUACAGGUGUUGUCUUGUUAUUAACAAUUUUAUAUUUUGUUUUUAUCUUUUGCUUCGGAAAUACCAAAUUUAUAUCAAUAGCUGUUUAUCUAAUAUUCAUAUUCCUGUUCUCCAUCUAUAAUUUGGCAACACAAGAAGAUAAUAAUUAUUAUUUCAAGACAUUUAUCACUUUAAUUGUAUUUUUGUUUGUUUCUUGCAUCGCAUUAGUAGUUAUAGCCUUUGUUUACUUCAAUUGGAAGUAUGUUUUGAUUAUUUUUGGCUUAAUUGUUUACGGAUUAAGUCUUUUCUUUUCAUAUUGCCGUAUAAAGAGGAAUAAGAACGAAAUGACGUUAGAUCAUUUGAUAAUUAUAUGUGUUUCAUGGCUUAUUUCCUUCAUUUGUACUAUAGUUGUUGCAGCAUCAGGUAUAUUCUACUUUUCACACAUUGUUUUCGAAGUUUUGAUAGUAACAUUAUGUUUUGCAUUGACAUAUUUCUUCGAAAGCAAGUCAUUUGGUGCUCAAGCAUCAUAUAUUGUUACAAUUAUUUAUACAGUUGCUAUAACUAUUUCAUUUAUUUUCAAAUCGAAAGAUGCUUAUUAUUCUAUUACUUUUGUUUUGUUUUCUUUGUAUUUCUAUGUAUUAUUACAUACAUACAGAGCUAUUAAUACAACAAAGAAAGGCUAUUCCAUCGCAGUUUCCGAGAUUUUCUUCCCUGUUAAUAUUUACGGAAAUUGUCAUUUGGAAAAGAAGAAUUCUAUGUCAUUUUGUUUCUGUGUUUUGUUUUAUGUACCAUGGAUAUGGGGAAUAAUAACAAUGACAUAUACAAAUUUCGUUGAAUGGGGAUUAGUUUUGCAAGGAAUUGCUUUUGUUGUUCCUUUCUUUUUGGCUUGUUCGAAAUUAAUUGAUAUCGAUCUGAAAAUCGUUGAAACAAUGCAGUUUAUUGAAAUGCAUACAUUGCAGCAUACUGUUAAAAGCGCAAUUAAGACUUCUUGUGUUGAUUUCCAUAACAACAUCGAAGGAAAAUCUUUCUUUACUCAUGAUGAAUAUAUAAGAUUUGUUGAUAAUGAUACAAACGCUGAUGAACAAAAACACAAAUAUGUUUUGGCUCUUAAAGGACAGAUGUGCGUUUCUUAUGAUAUUUACUCUAAUAAUAUCGUUGGAACAAUAAGAGAUUACCUACAUAAAGUCAAAGCGAAAUGGGAUUUCAUUGAAAAAGAAAAUUUCACAGUUGACGAUUAUAUUGAACUGUUUGAAGUUUACAAAGCAAUAAAUAACAAGAACAGAUCAUUUAGACAAGAACAAAACCAGUUAAUACAGAAAGCAUUUGAAGCGCAAACAGAAAGAAACAAACAUCAUUUGCAUGCGAUUGAAAGAUAUGAAAAAACUAAUAAAUACUAUGAUGGCAUGUUGAAUUUCAUGGCAAAAGAAAAUGUCAGCAAAUUCGAAGAUCCUCAACUUCCUCCUCAAGUUGAACCAAGAGUUAGUGACCAAAAACUCUUUGCAAACUCCGUUUGGAAGAGAGCUGAACAUUUCUUUAGCGGACCUUUCAUUGGAGAAUUCAAGACAGAUGACAUUAUUUGUGGUGAUGUCGAUGAUUCAUAUUUAAUGGCUGUUUUAUCUUGUUUAUCACGCGACAAGAAUGUCAUCAAUGAUUUGUUUAAACAACCUGUGAAAUUGGAAAGAGGAAUUUUCGCAGUACAUUUCAAUUAUCUUGGAAAAGAUAUAUAUUCAGUUGUUGACUCAAUGAUCCCUAUCGAAGGAGGAUUCAUAAAACUUUCUGGCCCUACUUCCGCAGCUUCUUCUGCUUGGUUCGCUUCAAUUGUUGAAAAAGCUUUCUCAAAAAUUUCUGGCGGUUUCUCUCAAAUCGCCGGCGGUUUUUGCUCAAGUGCUUUCAAUAUGCUGUGUGAUGGAUAUUCUAAUUUGAUUGAUUUGGACAGCGACAAUGGUAUUGAGAUGAGAGAGAACGGAGAAAUGUUCAAACUCAUCAAAAACACUUUGGAAAAUGGCGGUUAUGUAUGUGCGAGUAAAUUCAAUCCAGAAUUGAAGAAGCAAAGUUCAUAUGCCAUUUAUAAUUACGUUGAAUGGAAGAAGUUCCAAAUGCUUCGAUUGAGGAAUCCUUACAACAUCGAUGAAGAUUCAGUUGAAAUGCCGAAAGAUUCUAUGAAAUGGCAAGAAAACAAAGACUUGAAAGAUUUGUGUCAUUUGAGUCCAACAGAUGAUGGAACGUUUUGGAUUCCGUUCUCAGAGUUCAUUUACUCAUUCAAGUUCUUAUAUACAUUUGAUAGAUUGUUAUCUUCUUAUUUGUAUGAGAUCAAAUCAUCUUUCAAACACGACGCAAAUGAUGGAGCUCAUCCUUACAACGAAAACUGCCCAGACAUGACACAUGUCAACAACAUUUCCAUCAGAUUCAAGAAACCAACAAGAAUCAAGGCUGUUUUGGAAAGAUCAGGAGCACCAACAUCACUCAAAGCUUAUCUUACAUAUAACUACGGACAACCUGUUUCGAGAAUCUUUGUUGGAAGAGAGUUCAGACAUGUUAAUUUGCCUUCAAAAAUGCCGAUGAUCAACUUUGAAUGGUAUAUCGAUAGAUGUGAAUAUCCAUGGACAUUGACAAUCACAAGAAAUGCUCAUGGAGAAUCUUGCGAUUAUAGAUUGAGAUUAUAUUCAGAUAGAGACAUCGAAGUUGAUGUUAUGAAUAUAGGUCAGUUCAUUGAUGAGUUUGAUGUUAAUUUGCCUGAAGUUGAACUCAAGAGUCAGGCACCAGGACCACAGUUUAAUCAUUAA